AUGUUGAUUACGGACCAUCAUUUCGAAAAGAUAGCUAGAACAUCUGAAAUCAAAGACAUGAUGGAGUUGAAAUUGACAAUUCUUUCAACAAUUCUUCUUCUUCUCACUCUUUCCAACACGUGGCACACUGAAGCCAUUGUUGUGCCGAUGGAGAAACUNGUGGAUUCCACAAGAGUUCCGAUCGAGUCUCCAGAUUUGGAUCACAAUAAUGGGAUUGAAGAUGUGAGGAUGGAGGAAACAGAAGCAGUGUUGAUUCCAGCUGGUUGGAGAAGAUUCCGUUCACGAAUAAGAAGUGGUCUGCGUCGAAUUCGAAACAUAUAUCGAAGAGUUCCAAUUCCAAUCUUUGUUAGGGUUCCACUAUAA